CUGCCCGGCGCACUAGCCGGCUCGCGGGCGCUGCCAGUCUCCGGCGGCGGCGGUGUCCGGCGCGCGGCUGGGCGACAGGCAGACUAGGUUUUCUACUCACAAAAGACAAUGACUACUGAUGAAGGCAGCAGCGACAAUGGAGAAAACCCGGCCGCCGCCGUGGCUGAGCAGGGAGAAGACAUCACCACCAGGAAAGAUAGAGGAGUGCUAAAGAUUGUCAAAAGAGUGGGAACUAGUGAGGAAGCCCCAAUGAUUGGUGACAAAGUUUAUGUCCACUACAAAGGAAAAUUGUCCAAUGGAAAGAAGUUUGAUUCCACUUACGAUAGAAACGAGCCGUUUGUUUUUAACCUUGGCAAAGGCCAGGUUAUCAAGGCCUGGGACAUUGGGGUGGCUACCAUGAAGAAAGGAGAGAUCUGCCAGAUACUGUGUAAACCAGAAUAUGCUUAUGGCUCUGCUGGCAGCCUCCCGAAAAUUCCCUCGAACGCAUCUCUCUUUUUUGAGAUUGAACUCCUUGAUUUCAAAGGCGAGGACUUAUUUGAAGACUCGGGCAUCAUCCGUAGAAUCAAGCGGAAAGGAGAAGGCUACUCCAACCCGAAUGAAGGGGCGACGGUGGAGGUCCACCUGGAAGGCUGCUGUGGUGGAAGGCUGUUUGAUUGCAGAGAUGUGGUGUUCGUUGUUGGUGAAGGAGAAGACCACGACAUUCCAAUUGGAAUUGACAAAGCCCUGGAGAAGAUGCAGAGGGAAGAGCAGUGUGUUUUGUAUCUUGGACCACGAUACGGUUUUGGAGAGGCAGGGAAGCCUAAAUUUGGCAUUGAACCCAAUGCUGAACUGAUGUAUGAAGUUACCCUUAAGAGCUUCGAAAAGGCCAAAGAAUCCUGGGAGAUGGACACCAAAGAAAAACUGGAGCAGGCUGCCAUUGUCAAAGAGAAGGGGACUGUGUACUUCAAGGGAGGCAAGUACAUGCAGGCUGUGAUUCAGUACGGGAAGAUAGUGUCCUGGCUGGAGAUGGAGUACGGCCUGUCUGAGAAGGAGUCAAAAACCUCUGAAUCGUUCCUGCUUGCAGCCUUCCUCAACCUGGCCAUGUGCUACCUAAAGCUCAGAGAGUACAACAAAGCAGUGGAGUGCUGCGACAAGGCCCUUGGACUGGACAGUGCCAAUGAGAAGGGCUUGUACCGAAGGGGUGAAGCCCAGCUGCUCAUGAAUGAGUUUGAGUCGGCCAGAGGUGACUUUGAGAAGGUACUGGAGGUCAACCCUCAGAAUAAGGCCGCAAGACUGCAGAUCUCCGUGUGCCAGAAGAAGGCCAAGGAGCACAAUGAGCGGGACCGCAAGGUGUACGCCAACAUGUUCAAGAAGUUUGCAGAGCAGGACCUCACCAGGUUCAGCGAGAGGGCCCCACCCCAGUGCUAG